GGAGGGCGAAGCUGUGAUGCAACACUGCAGUAAAAGGAAGCGCGCGUCCGCGGUGCAGGUUGUGAUGUCCGCCAACACCCCACAGCAGGUGCAGGAUGAAGGAGAAGGAAGACACAUGAGAUACGAAUGAGGGACUGCAGGAUGUCUUUUAAGAAGGACACGCCGCUGUCCAACGCUGUGUUCUGGGCGGCCCACCGGGGGAACCUGGCCCUGCUCCAGCUGCUGCUCAACAGUGGACGUGUGGACGCAGACUGCAAAGACAAAUGUGGAACCACGGCGCUGAUGGUGGCGUCCUACAGCGGCCACAGAGAGUGUGUGAAAGGACUCAUCAUGCAAGGAGCUGACAUCAACUACCAGAGAGAAACAGGUUCCACCGCUCUGUUCUUCGCCUCCCAGCAGGGUCACGAGGACGUGGUCAAGCUCCUCUUUGAGUUCGGGGCCUCCACUGAAUUCCGGACAAAGGAAGGGGGCACCGCUCUGACCGCCGCCUCUCAGCACGGCCACGCCAAAGUGGUGGAGACGCUGCUGAAGAACGGCGCCAACGUUCACGACGAGCUGAACGACGGCGCCACUCCUCUCUUCCUCGCCGCCCAAGGGGGUCACGUGACGGUCAUCCGCCACCUGCUGGCAUCAGGUGCCAAGACAAACCAUCCGAGAGAAGACGGCACCGCCCCCUUGUGGAUGGCAGCCCAGAUGGGACACAGCGACGCGGCGAGGGUGCUCCUCUUGCGGGGUGCAGACAGGGACGCCUACAGAGAAGACGGCUCCACGGCGUUAUUUAAAGCGGCUCUGAAAGGACACACCGGCGUCAUCGAGGAGCUUCUCAAGUUUUCUCCAUCCCUCGGCCUCCUCAAGAAUGGCUCCACAGCUCUCCAUGCCGCUGCCCUGGGCGGGAAUCUCCAAAGCGUCCAGCUUCUGCUCCGCGCCAACGCCGACCCCACGCUCGCUAACAAGAAUAACCAACUCCCGGCCGACGUGGCCCAGAGCCAGCGUGUCCUGAGAGUUCUGCGCAAACCGAAAACCUUAAAGGUGACGACGGAUGACAACCGUGGCUCCUGCCUGCACGUCUGCCUGCACUGAAACACUCAUUUCAAUGGUGUGUCCUUUUCAUUCAUGCCCAGCUGUUAGUGCGUGGUCAUUCAUACGCAGACUGCAGAUGAGUUUUUGAUUUCAGCUUAAUAAAGACGACAUAUCCAAUGACGAAAAAACAGGUUACACAGAUGGUUGAAACCAACAAGAGAGUCUUGUUCCACAGAAAUGACACCGCAUUCCCACCUUUCGGGAUGUUUACAAAGCAAACAAAUUCAGAUUGUGUAGUCUUUAUUUGAAGGGACAAUGCACAGAAAAAUUAAGAUCAAAUACAGAUAUGUUCUCUACCCGAUUAUUACUAAAUACCCAAUUUCCAUCCGCAGACCCUUGCUACCUAAAUUAAAGGCAUACAAAAAUCAUGCAAUAAAAUUAUGACAGUAAAAUCAUACCAUAGCAAGUAAUCAAAUUAAGAAAAGUCAUAAAAUGCCCUUUCAUGGACACAUACUUAAUAUACAAUACAACCACACCUCAUUUACAUCAUCACACAACCACUGUUUUUUACAGAAAAAAACUGGCAGCUUAGUUGCCAGUAAAAUAUUU